AUGCAUACCAUUGGGGAUGUGGCUGUGCUUACUAGCAGCGCCACUCGGCACAGCUGCAAGGUGUGCCGGAAGGGCUUCCCCUGCGGGCGCUCGCUGGGCGGCCACAUGCGCUCGCAUUCCCUGGCCGAGGUGGAGACGGCACUGGACGACGACGGCGGCGAGGAGCACCAGCAGCGGCGAGGCUUUGAUUGCGUGACGGCUACGGGCGCCAGGGGCUACGGGCUGAGGGAGAACCCAAAGAAGACGCGGCGCCUCUCGAGCCUCAACGACUGCGACGGCGGUGGCCGCGGUGCGCUGCUCUUGCCGUGCGCGUCGUCGGAGGUGGACCACGAGCGCCGCCGUGCGCGAGGCGGUGGCGUGGAGCUGGAGCUGGAGCUGGAGCGGGAGCGGGAUCGGGAUCGGGAUCGGGAGCAGGAGGACGCUGUGCUGAUGACCCCGACGGAGCCGGCUUCCGGCCUGAUGCCACCGCCGAGGCGGAGGCGGCGCUCCAUGCGCGUGCCGGCCCCUGCGCCGUCGCCGCCGCCUGCCUUCGACAAGGAGCCGGAGGACGUCGCGCUCUGCCUCAUCAUGCUGUCGCGCGACAUCAUAGACCACCGGCGGCGGUGCUCCACGGCUACGGGCGCUGAGUACUCGCCGGAAGAGGACAGCACCACCAGGCGAGACUACCAGUACCACCACCACGACGCCGACUCCAACGACGACGCCUCCAUCGGCACCAAGAUCAACAAGAGGAAGCCUAAUCGCAGCCUCGUCGGCGACGAGAAGCGGGGCCGGUACGAGUGCCCUGGGUGCGGGAGGGCGUUCCAGUCGUACCAAGCACUCGGCGGCCACCGCGCCAGCCACAAGCGGAUCAACAGUAACUGCAGCAUCACCAAGGCCGUCAUCGACCACCAACCGGAGCCAAGCGUCGAGACCAACACCUCCUCGUUUAGCACGGCGUCGCCGGACCCGAACUACGGCGCUGACAUCGCUCCCACUGCGGUGGUGGCCAUGAAGGCGAAACCGUACAAGCCGAUCAAAUUCGAGUGCCCCAUCUGUUUCAGGGUGUUUGGCUCGGGGCAGGCGCUCGGUGGACACAAGCGGUCACACUCAAUCGCCGGUGAGCUCUAUGAGCGCGCACAUGCUGUCGAAGACGAUGGCAUUGGUGACGAUGAGCAACCUCUGGUCUCCGAUAGAUUUCUUGAUCUCAAUCUGCCAGCUCCAGGAGUUGAGGAUUGA